AGAAUGAGUCUGGGGAAAUCCCAGAGAAAGGGUACAACACUCUCACACUCCUUUUCGCUCUAUGCUCUGGAUUCUUCCUCAAUUGCACUUGCACACAAUAGACAGCCAUGUCCUCUCUCCGCCCAUUGCCACGGCGAAUACCGCGUGUCCCGAGCCUACGAACACAACCACAGUCACGACUACCGUUCCUACAACCGCUGUACGCCUCCAAGCGAUGGAGUACGUCGAUUUCACAGAGACCGGGGUCAGAUCGAGUCCGAUUUCCCGGCGCCGUAAACAGCAAAUUCACAACCGACAUGUCCUUUAUCAAUCCGCUGGAGUCAGCGAGUAUUCCAACGUACCGUGUGAUGGAUUCCGACGGUGUUCUUGUCGAUAAGGCUCGCGGGAGGCCGGAUGUUCCGAAUGAGGAGGUUUUGACUUGGUAUAAGAAUAUGUUGACGGUGAGUAUUAUGGAUGUGGUUAUGUUUGAGGCGCAGAGGCAGGGAAGGUUGAGUUUCUAUAUGGUCUCGGCCGGCGAGGAAGGUAUAAGCGUGGGCUCUGCAGCAGCUCUGACCCCCGACGACGUGGUCUUCGCCCAAUACCGAGAAACAGGCGUGUUCCAACAACGAGGAUUCACAUUGAAGAACUUUAUGAGUCAGCUAUUCGCCAAUCGCAAUGACUCUGGCAAGGGAAGAAACAUGCCUGUACAUUAUGGCUGUGAUUACCCACGGACGCACACAAUCUCCUCAACCCUCGCAACGCAAAUCCCACACGCUUCGGGCGCCGCCUACGCAUUGAAACUUCAAGCCCUCCAGAACCCAGACAAACCACCCAGCAUCGUCACCUGCUACUUCGGCGAGGGUGCCGCCAGCGAAGGUGACUUUCACGCGGGCCUCAACAUCGCCGCAACGCGCUCCUGCCCUGUAGUCUUCAUCUGUCGAAACAACGGGUACGCAAUUUCAACCCCCACGCUAGAACAGUACCGCGGCGACGGAAUCGCCUCUCGCGGGGUUGGCUACGGCAUUGACACGAUCCGCGUUGAUGGCAACGAUAUUUUUGCUGUGUACGAAGCCAUGCGCGAAGCGCGGCGCCGCGCCCUCGCCGACGGCGGCAAACCCGUCCUCAUCGAAGCGAUGAGCUACCGCGUCUCGCACCACAGUACGAGCGACGACUCAUUCGCGUACCGCGCCCGCGUCGAAGUCGAGGACUGGAAGCGGCGCGAUAACCCGAUCAUCAGACUGCGCAAGUGGCUCGAGAACGAGGGGAUCUGGAACGAGGAUUUAGAGCGCGAGGCCCGCGAGGGGAUUCGGAAGGAGGUGCUAAGAGAGUUUGGGGAGGCAGAGAGGGAGAAGAAGCCGCCGAUUCGGAGCGCGUUUGAGGGGGUUUAUGAGGAGGUUACGGAGGAGGCGAGGGAGCAGAUGGAGGAGCUCAAGAGGAUUCUUGAGACGUAUCCUGAAGAGUAUGAUCUUCGGCCGUAUGAGGAUGGGAUUAAGGGGUUAUAGACUUUUUUUUCUAAAUGUCUGUGUUGUGAUGAAAGACUAGGUCGGCACAUAGGUUACGGCGUUUUACGAUAUAUGAAUACUAUGUGUCGGGCAUAUUGACC